UCGUAGCUAACUUCGCUGUAGUUUUUCCCGCAGUUUGGCGUCCACACGGACUGAUGUAAAAAAUAUUAUACAAAUUUUCUAUGAAUUUAGAUCAAUAGGACAUUACAAUCACCGUGUGUUUUGUUCUUCAGUGAUGUUCUAAUGGAUAGAAUAUGUUUGUUCUGUGAUUGUUUUGUUUGAUAGCUAGUGCCGUGGCGGUUUUGUAAACACGGGAAACGGGACCCACGUCUAUGACUUAUCAUUGGCAGUAUGGCGGAAAUAGUGUACCCGCAAGGCUGCAGGCCUAUCACCGAUGACCUAGGACCCGAUGAGCUAGUGCGGAGACUUAAGGCGUUGGCGCACACUCUCCAAGGUUUAGGCCAGGAUGAGGGCAUGUACCAGCAGUACAUCCCCCUGGCGCUCCACCUCGCUGAUGAAUUCUUCCUCACCAACCCUUCUCGCGACGUCCAACUGCUUAUAGCAUGUUGUAUCGCAGAUGUAUUGCGCGUGUAUGCGCCUGAAGCGCCGUAUAAAGACCAAGAACAGGUGAAGACGAUAUUCCUGUUCCUAAUCAACCAGCUGCAAGGCCUCCGGGACCCAAAGGAUCCGGCUUUCAAACGCUACUUCUACCUGCUCGAGAACCUUGCCUAUGUGAAGUCGUUCAACAUGUGUUUCGAGUUGGAAGACUGCCAGGAGAUCUUCUGCGCUCUGUUCUCGCUCAUGUUCAAGAUUGUCAACACGGAGCACUCGUCCAAGGUGAAAUCCUUCAUGCUGGACGUCCUCUGCCCGCUCAUCACCGAGUCCGACGUGGUCUCCAACGAGCUGCUGAACGUGAUCCUCAUGAACCUGGUGGAGCCGAAUAAGCGAGAAAGGAAGCACGCGUAUGCGCUCGCCAAGGAGCUGAUCAGCAAGACGAGCGAAACUCUAGAACCUUAUAUACAGGCGUUCUUCAACCACGUCCUAAUCCUCGGAAAAGAAGAGAAAACCCUCCUCAUCUUCUCCAAAGUAUACGAGCUUAUCUAUGAACUGAACCAAUGCUGCCCAUCCAUCCUCAUUGCCGUGCUACCCCAGCUCGAAUGCAAGCUCAAAUCCGCCCAGUUUCAGGAGAGACUCAGCGCUGUAGCGUUACUUGCUAGAAUGUUCUCCGAACCCGGCUCAGGACUUGCCAAGCAAUACCCAGCCUUAUGGCGAGCCUUCUUAGGACGCUUUAAUGAUAUAGCUGUCCCGAUUCGAAUCAAAUGUGUCCAGUAUUGCAUGCACUUCUUAGUGCAUCACCCAGACUUGAGAAAAGACAUAACGGAGACUCUCAAAAUGCGACAGCAUGAUGCUCAUGAACAAGUUAGAUAUGAAGUCGUUAUGGCUAUAAUAGCGACCGCUCAGAGAGAUUUCCAAGCGGUAGCUGAAUCAGAAGAUCUACUCCAUUUUGUCAGAGAAAGAACUCUGGAAAAAUUCAAAAUCCGCAAAGAGGCUAUGUCGGGUUUAGCUAUGAUUUACAGAAAAUUCUUGACUGAGGAAAGCGUGCCGCCAGCAACAGAAAAGGCAGUACAAUGGAUUAAAGAUAAAAUCCUCCACGGAUAUUACAUGACCGCUCUAGAAGACAGACUGCUCGUUGAAAGACUGUUAAACACUUCUCUCGUUCCUUACACUCUGCCGCCUCAAGUUAGAAUGAAGAAGUUAUACUACCUAAUGUCUAAUGUCGACGCUAACGCCACCAAGGCAUUUAUAGAACUUCAAAAACAUCAGUUAGCGGUACGUCGUACGGUCGCCGAAUGGGUAGAGCUACACAGAAAACCACCAACGCCAGCGGUGCAAAAGGAAUUGAUUGCUAAAGUCUUACACAUAAGCUCCAAAUUCUUGCCCGAGUCGGUGAAGGCGCAGGAGUUCCUAAAUAAGUUCUCGGCGCAUAUGAAACAGGCGCCGGAGUUGCUGCAGGGAAUGGAGAUUAUACUGAAUCCUAAUGUUAGCUGCGAAGUGUGCGUUCGCACCACGUCGAACGUGCUAAAGAAACUCGGCCAGCCUGUGAUGACCAACCUCUACUACAACACCGUGAAGAUGCUCCUCGAACGCGUCAGCUCCGUAAUGAUCGACCACGAGGCUCUACUCAUCCUCGUCGGUUAUGUAGAAGGCGCUUGUAGGGGCUCUGACGACUCCAUCGCCGAAGAGUGCGGUACGACACAAAAAGUGGCAGCAGAACGCGGCCUCAAACUCCUUGUGAUGCUUUCCUUCGUGUUCCCGGCGCACUUCUUACAUUCUGACGUAUUGGAACGACUCACAGCUCUGCUGGAACACGAGGAUGAAUCUGUGGCACCGCAUAUUCUAGCCGCGCUUACGUUCCUUGGGAAAUACCGCCCGCUGAGCGAGGCGUGUCCGUCUCUGUUCCCGCGACUGAUCACGCUAUGCAAGGCCUACGCCGAGGUCGGCACGCCCAAACAGGCCAAGAAUGCUGUCAGAUGUCUAUUCGUGAACGUACCGGAGCAGCGCUCUGCCAUCUUCACCGAAAUCCUGGAGACGCUGAAAGCCACGCUAACUCCUCACUCGGAGCAUUACCGCACAGCCAUAGUCACACUAGGACACAUCGCCCACAACUUGCCAGAGAACUUCCCUCUGCACAUUAAGAACAUUGUCUCCAGAAAGAUCGUGAAAGAGCUUCUAGUCCGCGAGGGUGGCGGCGGGCCGAACGCACCCGACGAGGAAUGGUGCGCCGAGGAGGAGCUGCCCGAGGAGACCCGCUGCAAGCUGGAGGGGCUCAAGUGUAUGGCGCGCUGGCUGCUCGGGCUCAAACGCGACGAGCUGUCGGCGCAGAAGACCUUCCGCAUGCUCAACGCGUUUAUAGUGCACAAGGGGGACUUAUUACAGCAAAACCAGCUGUCCAAGGCGGAGAUGGCGUGGCUGCGGCUGGGCGCGGGCGCCGCCAUGCUGAAGAUCUGCGAGCAGAAGGGCGUCGGCGACCAGUUCACCGCCGAGCAGUUCUACAACCUCAGCCAUCUCAUGAUCGACCCUGUACCACAAGUUAGAGAAGCAUUUGCAGCGAAACUACACAAAGGACUUUCAAAGGGCAUCCCCAACAAGUGCCUGCCGCUGGACUUCAUGGGCAUGUACGCGCUGGGCGGGCGCGAGCCGGAGCGGCGCCUGCGCGGCCUUGUGCGCCAGUACAUGCUCGCCGACGUCGUGCGCCGCCGCGAGUACAUCCGCAACAUCACCGUCGGCACUAAAGUGGAACGAGCGGUAUCUCAGCUGCCACACAUCCUGCCCGACUACAUGCUGGUGUUCGCCGUGCCGGUCCUCACACACGACCCCUUCUUCGACACGUACGACAACGUGGCGCAGCUCAAGGUGAUGAAGCAGUGCAUAUGGUUCGUGCUGGAGCCGCUGAUCACCCGCAACGACUUCUACUGCUACGGCUUCUACAAGAGCCUCGUCGAGCGUAUGAAGAACCACAAGGACGCCCUGCAUGAAUCUGACGACACCUACAAUUACAAAAUGUGGGCGAUCUGCGACCUGGCCAUGUCGGUGAUCUGGGCGCGCUCGGCCAGCUUCGAGAUGCGCGACUUCCCGUCCGACGCGCGCAUCCCCACCAUGUACUUCGCGCCGCAGAACGAGUACUUCGUCAACACGCGCGUCUUCCUGCCGCCCGAGCUGCAGUUCCAGCCCAAGAAGCCGGCGCCGAGCGAGGCGGCGCCGCGCGGCAAGAAGCGCGCGCGGCCCGCCGCCGACCACAUCGACACCAACGACGUCGAGCCGUCGGAGGCGUCGGACACGCAGAUCCAGCUGCCGGGGCUGGAGCAGCCGCCCGAGACCGACGUGGACGAGCCGCCCGCCAAGCGCACGCUCGCCGACUGAACACGACACAACACAACACUACUAUAUAUUCAUGACGACAGCUGUGGGACAACGACUUCACGGAAAUAUUCACUGGACUUAACCCUCCGCCCGCUAAACACGUCAACUAGGCGGAAGGUUAACAAUGGUGCGUUGUAUAUAAUAAGUGUAGCGUGCGAAGGGUUAAACGUUGCCUCUGCACUUGUGAAUGGACAACCGUCGAGGCUCGAGCGGAUUCAGCGAUCUUAUUAUGUUGAUAAUUUUCUCGAUUUCGGCGUUUUUACCAUAAAUCAACCAACACCAAAUAAGAGAUUAAAGUUGACGCAAUGACAAAGUGAUACAAUGUCAAAUUUAUAUGGAGGUGUGACGUUAAUAAUGGCACUGCCACACUGUUCUAUUCAACUAGAUUCAUUCGGGACUAGCUAUUAUUAAAAAUCAAAUUAGGUAUAAAAAAAUAUUCGUCACAUUACAAGCAAGCAAACAAAGAAGUAAUCGACUUUAAUAGAAAAUACACGGAAAAAUGUAUUAGUUUUCACCACACCAGCUGGUAAAGGCUCUCUUGAUUCUUCAAAACUUAUUAGAGAGUUGCAUUUUAUCCACGUGUGGAGCAAAGUAAUCUGAUGCAAAUUUAGAGUUGUUUCCUUAUGGUGGCUGGUAGAAUUUUAUUUUCAAAUGAUAAUUUUGAAUGAAAAAUGUUUAAUAAUGUCCAUUUAGAUUUGGUUCUAUUUUGUUUGCUAUUUUACAGCAAAAAUACAUUGAUUGAGUAAGAUGUGUAAAAUCUAAGACAAUUUCGUCCCUCGAAUUUGCGCGAGAUGAGAACGAGAUGGCGCUGUACAGUUCUAUACAUUUUGCGGUAGCUCUGGUUGUCAAAAGUUGACGUUUGACAAUUUUGUGACCGCAAAAUCAGCGCCAUCUGUUUUGGAUCUCAAACUAAAGGGCACGUUUAUUGUUUCUUCCACUUUACCUCUCUAUUACAAUCAAUUCUCUUUAUUUUACAGUUAGAAUUUUCCUCGCGUUGGUGUGCUGAGAAAUUUUAUGUUUCACUCGGUAUCAAUAUUUGUUUAACCCUCGCGCCUUGUAGCCUUCGCAACGCUUAAUAUUCCAUUAUGGACACUUUCACUUACAAGGGUGUCAUUAUUAGCACGAGCGGUUAAACAACAACUUUACUCCCUAGUAAAACAAAUAACUAUUUGUAUUAACCUUUGAACACCAUAAACCCUUUCUACUAGUCCCACGCAGACAUGCCUUGCCACCUAAUUCCUUUGUGAGUGACCCACCCUCAAAAAUCAGCGUAACGAACCUUUAUGUAAUUUUUUUGUAAUUCAAAGUAACGGUUUUCACCAAUAGGGGGUAUUACUGCAAUGUUCUGCCGCCAGAGUGCAGCACUGGAACCUGUCUUAAACCAUAGAGUAACUUAUUCAUACUAUGCCUUGAAACAAUUUUGUUGACAAGUUGUCACAGAUAAUAAAAUAUGACAUUAAUGCAUCAAGGCGGUUUGGUUACAAAGGGCCUACUGGGAAACGCGAAAAUCGAAAUUUAGUUACCUACCUCUUUAUCGCUCGAAUAAGCAAGUGAUAGAGAGGUAAGACAACGAAAUUUCGAUUUUCUUGUGUCGAAGUAGACACUCAGAUUGUCAGGAAUUGUGGUAGUGGCGCCCCCUACGCAGAGUUUCGCGUAAUAUUCCCUAUUAAACUUGCUACUAAGUCAAUCAAUCAUGUGCAAGCAAGUGUAUGAACCUAAUCUUAAAACAGGAAGGUUGCAUUGACAUCCUAGGCAGGCUGACGCAACUAGGAACAAAAAAGUUUUGUGUGGAGUUUGUUUCGCAAAUCUUUGCCAACGAAGAAAAAGAAAACGUCAGUGCUAUUUAUUCUGUCAAGUUUAUAUCAAGUCAACUGUCAGCCUAAUUGUUUUGUUUGUUAUGAAGGCUUCAAUGUUCUCUUCGAGUAAUUCGUGCAAUUUAUUUUUUAUUUAGUGAAAAAAAUCGAAAAUAGUGAACCGUGAUCAGAGUAAAGAGCGAGUUUGUUACAAUGCCACCGAGAAAACGGUUUACUAAGUGUGAAAUAUGUGGCAAGCGAGCCACUCGAGAAAAUCACGAAAAAAGGGAUUUUAUGGUGAAAUUUCCCUUGGAAGACUGGUAAGUAUUGUUUUAGAUACUUUUGACCUUAUUUUGGUGCAGCAGGCUUUAGACACAUCAAAAAUUAGAUAUUUUAUAAUAUUUUUGGUUUUGAACUAGGGAUGUACUAAAACUAUCGAUAACUGUAUGUUUAUUUGUAUAUCAGUGUAAAUAAUUAAAUAAAAUAUGUGAAAUUUCCUGAAAGCUUGCAUGCAAUAUGACACAAAAUUAAUUCGUCGAAUAUUUUCAGUGGAAAAUUAUCUAUCAUCUAUACAUUAAUGGUCAUUAUUUAACAUAUCUGUUAUCUAGUAAUUAUUUAAUAUAUUAACCUGAAAUGUAAGUAAAUUAAUCUCUUUUUUUAUGAUAAAUAAAAAAUAUUUUACGACAUUAUUACACAAAUUGACUUAGUCCCAUAGUAAGCUCAAUAAGGCAUGUGUAGAGUUGCAAAUUUGUUGGGAACGAAGACCUGAUACAUCUUUCCAUAGAAAAGUUACAUUUAUUGAAACAUGUAUGUAUGUGCAGAUCAUUUUGAAAAUAGAGCUUUUAAUAAAAUAAAAAAUUAAGAAAAAUUUUAUAAUUACAUUCUGAGUGUAACGAGGUAUUCUAAAAUAGAAUCCUAGCGUAGGGAGGGAUUCAAGUGUUGAAGCCUAAGGGUGGUAUUCCAGCUAUCCAAUUUCUUUGUCCAAUGUGUAUUGCGUCUCACUCUCUCAUUAAGCAAAAUGUUGGAUAGGUGGAAUACCACCCUAAGGUGGAAAUAUUUUUGCUACCACGUGAUAAAUUUACAUACUGCUUGCAUAUUGCUUGCAAAAUUUGUAGACAGGAGUCUAUGUUUCAUCCCUCCCCAUUUUAUCGAUAUCGAUAAGAAACGUAAGCGUGUAGCGUACUACACUAUUUAAAUCGCUUAUGUUGGUACUAUGGUUAAAGAAGACAAAUGGUUAAAGGACAGUUCUUUGCCGUACAUUUUGGUAAUGAUUUGCGAAACAAACUGAUUCCACUCAUUAGUAUGGGAGUCCCGUCUCUUAAAACGUAGUGAUUAUAUGCUCUUUGAUACACUAUUUGUUUGUCGCGACAUCUAGUGUCAAGUAGCGAUACUGAUAUAUUCGUUACUUGACGCUAGAUAUCGACUACGAUAAUAAGCAGUAUUUUGGUUACAAGCAUGUCAAGGAGAUUAGCCGGCUAUGUAUUAGUCUAUCUUCGUGUGGCCCACCAUACAAAGAUUUCUAUUUUUAAUUUGAACCUUGUAGUAUAGUCAAUAAGGGUGUUUAUUUAAAAAAAGCAAUGAAACAAAGCAAAUUUAUUUGGUUUAUGAAAGGUUCUAAUUAGAUUGAAACCGAGUGCACAUUGUAAUGCACAUUGGGCCUUACGAGUAAAAGGUUAUGUCCAGUAUUUUGAACGUUAUCGAAAAGGGCCAGCGUUACUAUCCUGAAAUAAUACUGUGAAAAAGAAACGAUGAUUUUUGUUUUAACCUCGUAAAUCCUCGCGCGCUAGUACAAGUACAAAUUCAAGUCGAGUUUUAAACUCUUAGAAAUUUCCAAAUUGAAAAGCGCUUAAGUUUACGGGGUUACAUUUAGCGAUCAUCUGUGUUCUGUAUAUGGGUAAAUAUAAAACUUAAAUUACUCAAAAUGCCUAUAGGAGCCAUACAUAUUUGCUCCAUACCGAUCAAGAGAUACUUUCUAUUGGAAUGUUAUGUCAACAUUGUCUCAAAUUGAGAGACGGAUUUACAGAAACUUGGCGUUUAUAUUAUACACGAUAAAGCCUAGUUUCGACUGUCGAAAAAUUGUAUUUGUCCGAAUAAUUUAUUUUAUAGGUAUUUAAAAUGGUGUGUAAGAGCUUCUCAUUCAUAAGGGAUGAAUAAAUACUUGAAAUGUGUGCAAAGAAUGACGAAAGACUUAGACAAGAAUGGUACUAUAGUAUUUUAAUAGUCAUUUGAAAUUAUUUUAUAAUUCGGUUUGGUACUGUGACUUAUUUCGAACUUAAAUCCAAGGCUCGUUUGCUUUUUAAGUCACAGUAUAUUUGGGUUCCAAGCAUUCAAAUUGCACUCACCAAUUUCACAAACGAUAUUUAAAUAAGUAUAAGUUUGAUUAAAACCCAUUUUUUAUGAUUAAGGACAAUUUUAUUUAAGUAAUCAGAAAAUUCAAUUCAGGACCAAAAUCAUAUAUUUUCAACUACGCCCCUCAGUGGACCAAAAUGGUCGACAUUUUACUAUAGUAAAUCUUGAACUGAUUACUUAAAUAUCAAGACGAUUUUUUUUUCUGGAUUAUUCUAUUUUAACUUUAACAUGACCUAAGUUAAUUUUAAAGUUGAUAAGGCGAGGACCGACAUCUUAUGUCAUUAUUAUAACACUAAAUGUGUUCUUUACGAAGGACAAUGGGUAGAAAGUUAUUUUUCUUUUUUCAUCACCAAGUCUUAAGAUGACAUUCGAAGGAGUGAUAAUAUGAAUUAAAUUGAGUCUGUAAUAUAGAAUUAUAAUCAUAAGUUUUUAGACUUUAAUACGUAAAUUUGUUUGCCCGUUGUUUUUAGUUUGUAUUCUCGGCUGAUAGUUAUCUGUUCAUUUUCGUUUCGAUUUGACAAAAUCAUAAAUUUAAACAAUUAUGUUUUCACUAUGACUUAUUCGUAUCAAUUAUGAAUCAAUUUGGACACUCGGUGGACAUCGUAGCUAGUUUAACUUAUAAAUUAAGUCUUACAUUUUAGCAGAUUCUUCGUGAUAUUAUUAUCUUACAAAAUGUCCUUUUUGAAGAACUAUUCAUUGCCUGCUUCUGCUAUAAAUAUGUGUGUAUUUUCUCGAAAUAUUUUCACUUAUUAUUAAGUUAUAUUUUUUAAAAGCUUAUCUCGCAAAUAUUCGUUAUGGAGAUGAGACGAGUAAGUAAUGUUGUAGUAGUUAGGAACAGAAUACAGUUCCUAUCAGGUUAGGCUGUGUAGGUUUGUGGCAUUUUUAAAGGGGCGAAAAUAUUGAUGUCAGAGCGAAAACGACGAGUCAUUUUUUUCAAUGUUCACAAUGCAUGUACCUGGACUCAUUGUUUAGGACCUUAGGGAUCCCAGAUUGUAUCAAAACUACCCAACGAAAUUUGUUCUUUUUGAAGUACGUACAUGAGGUAUUUUUGUAAAUGUACGCUUUUUUUGCUCGGUGUCCAAACUGUGUUUCGAACCUGGCAAUAGUAUAUUGUUUUUAAUAUUAAUUUAAAUUCACUUUUGUAUCAAUUGAGUGUACCAAAAAUUGGAUAACAGUUUACGGCGGCGAGUGAAACGACGCGUGCGUCGAGACGAUUCUCUGUAGUUAUAUAUUAAAUAAUAAAUAUAA